CAAACUGACAGCUGGGUUGCCAGGUUUCCAUCGCAAUGUGCUUCUCAACAAAUUUUCAACUUUGCGCCAUCGAUCAAAUUUUCAGCCGCUUUCAGUUGUUAUUUUCGAAUCCCCGGAGACGUGUGCCUAGGUAAUCCAAUCCACCAAUUCCCAGAGAUGUCCUACCAGAGCUGGCUAAACUACCUACAGACGGCGGAGAAGAACUCCAUGAUCAGUGGCCGCGCCCGCAAGGUGCUCUACAAAUUCCCGGACGGCAGGCAGAUGGCCGAGGAGUACAACAUGGACACAGGAAUCGUGCAGCGGCGGGCCUGGAAAUCGAAGAGCAACAAGAUCAUGGGCGAGUCGGAGUGGGAAAUCGAGCUGGGCGAUGAGCCGCGUCAGCUGAACUGGUCGGGCAACAAGCCACCAGGAUCUGGCGAGGAAACCGACUCCCUCGCAGGCGGAGAUUUCACCCUGCGGGAGAGCAACACCGCGCCACUGCUGACCAAGCGGAUCACCAAGAAGAACAUUGAGUGGCGCAUCCGUAACAUGCCCUACUCCCUGGACACCUACAACGUAACCGCUGAUCCCGAGAAGCGCGCCAUAGUCGUGCGCACCUCGAACAAGAAGUACUACAAGGUCAUCCCGGUCCCGGAACUGGACCGCUGUGGGGUCAAGCCCGCGCAGGAGAGCCUCUCUGUCCACCACCAGUUCAACACGCUGAUCAUUACCUACCAGAAACCAGAUAUCCUCUGCGAGAUGGAGGCGCAGGUCCUGCUUCUGCUCAAGAAUGUCGAGACCGAAACCGACAUGGAUGAUCUGCUGAAGGGGCUGAUGGCCAAAUAAACGACUUAGAUUGUAAUACACAAAGUUAA